UAAUUAUCCGAUUUCCAUAAAUUCAUAAUGGCAGAUGUCAUUACGAUGGAUCAAAUGCACAAAUUUGACGAUGUCUUUUUGGGAAUUCUUCAAAAUUGUGGAAAAAUAGAGCCUUUUCUUGAAGCAAUAUUUGAUUUCUUAGCUCGAAGAACAGAUUUUUUUCGUCUUAUGCACAAAAAGGAUGAUAAACUAGGCUUUCCACCUGGUGUUGCAAGAAAAACAGUGUUAAAGAUCUUCGAUAAAUAUCAACAAAUUGUACUGCAAAAUGAUCCACUCCAUCACAAGGAAGACAAAAAAGAGGCAGCAAGGCCUCCUCCGAAACAGUCGAUACAAACAUCAUCCACUUCCAUACCAACAGAGAUACCAAAUGUAGCUCAUGAGGUGGAAGUUAACACUGAACAGAAGACUGAGCGAAAGACGUCCUCGUUGGAAUCUUCAGAAACUGACUUUACUGAAGCUGCUUCACAAAGCAAUCCAUCAAACUCAAAUGAUUGUUUUAAUGGUGGAAAAACUGAUCGGUACACCUGGUCUCAAUCCAUAUCCGAUGUCGACAUCCUGAUACCAGUACCAAGUUUUGUGAAGAAAUCAAAAGACCUCUCUAUUGAUAUUAAACCAGAACAUUUGAAAGUGAGGCUGAAAAAAAAUCUCCCUGCUGAUUGCAAGUUAAAAGACAACUUGUUAAUAGAAGGUGAUCUUACCAACCGCAUUAUUUGCGAAGACAGCUUGUGGAGCCUUACACCGGGCGAACAAAUCUCAAUCAAUUUAGAAAAAGCACAGCAAAAAUGGUGGACGGCAGUGAUAGUGGGUGACGCAGAAAUCGCGCGUGAAGACAUCGAUACGACGCAACAUGUUCACGAGUUCGACACGCAAACACAAGCUGAUAUUCGAAAAGUGAUGUAUGAUCAACAGCAGAAGAUGAUGGGCAAACCAACCAGUGACGAACAGAAAACGCAUGAUUUACUAAAAGAAGCUUGGGACGCUGAAGGUUCGCCGUUUAAAGGGACGCCGUUUGACCCAUCAAGUAUCAAUCUAGCUGGUAAUAACACGUUUUAACGAAACGACGUGCUAGUGACGUGCCGAUGACGUGUUUUUUGAGACGUAUUGUUUAACCUUUAUUAGUUGUAUAUCUUCUGCGUUUAUCAUAAAUACAUUUAUCAAAAAGAAAAAAUUUGUUUUUUUCU